CGCAAACUCCUCCGCAUUGGCAUGCGCGCAACCAAGAGAUAUAUACACUACACCAUACACACACCACCCGCCUCUACCGGCGCAACACCACCACCAUGAACGAACCACCACCCCCCGAAGACGCAACAAUGCGCCUCGCCGAGAUGUUGAAGAACCCGGAAGACCUCGACAAACUGCCCUCCCUCCGCACCGAGUUCACGCGCAAGAAAGCCGCCGUCGACGGCCAACUCAAACUCGGCCUUGGCGCCCAACUCACCACCACCCAAAAUGGCAUGUCCGCCCUCACCGAGUCGUCGAGGCUGGUGGCAUCGAUCAAAGACGAAAUGGCCAAGAUCGACCGGCUCUGCGCCGAAGCGGCCACCAUGAUCCAAGACUUCCCCGAGGUCAACAAGAUGAGCGUCAUGCAGCGCAACUUCGCCGCGGUGGAGGGCAUGAAGGGUCGUAUUGAUACGUUCGCGGAGCGGUUGGGGGAGAUACAGGAGUGGUUGGGGGAGGAUGCGCAGGAACUUGAUGUGCAGACCAACUUACUCGCGGUGCAUGAGGGACUGACCGGGUUGAGGGAGGUGCGGGAUGAAGCGAUGGAGCAAGUGGGACGGGCGACGGAGGGAGGGGAAGCGGAGAGUGGGGUGGAACUUAUGGAGAACUUACCUUUGGAUGGCGGGCCGACGUUGAGGGAGUAUUUUGUUAAGUUGGACGAGGUGGUGGAAUGGUUUGAUGAGCACGUGCGGCAUGUGUGUGAGAGUGUGAUUGCGUUGGUGCAGGCGGGGAAUCAUGGGUUGGUGGUGCGGAUGGCGGUGGUGAUUGAGGAGGAGGAGCGGAAGGAUCGGCAGGUGAGGGCGGUGAGGGAGGCGCAGAAGGAGUUUGGGGAGGUGGUUGCAUCCAGAUUCCGCAGUCUGAAUAUCUACGGGCAGAGGGAGGUGCGAGAUUACCUGGGCAAGUUGUGGAAGAGCGUUGAAGCGAGCGCGAAAGUGCAAUUCGAAGGUACAGCAGACGCCUUCGACCAAGACCCCGAACGGUUAGAAAAAGCCUGUCGCUGGUUCUUCAACGAUCUCAACACCGUCAAACUUGGCCUUGUUGAACUCGUCCCCAAACGCUGGAAGAUCUUCCGCGCCUACACCAACAUCUACCACAACCUCAUGCACGACUUCCUCAUCCGCACCCUCGACAACCCCUCAAUAACUCCCGUCCACAUGCUCGCCAUCCUAAACUGGGUGCCGAAAUACUACGACAAAAUGCGCCGGCUCGGCGUCAACGAAACCGAGCUGAAACCCCAACUCAUCGACAACCGCGAACUUGACCUUGUUCGUGAGUACCGCGGCCUCAUCACCAAAGCGGUAGAGGAAUGGAUGGAACGUCUCUCCACCGCGGACCGCAAACAAUUCCUCGCCCGCGACGAAAGCAGCCUCGACCAAGACGCCGACGGCCGCUUACAUACCAAGUCGUUAGGGGACAUGUGGACGAUGCUGCGCGAACAACUCGCCGUGGCGCAAGCCUCCGGCCGCACAGACGUGGUGGAGGGAGUAAUAGACGCCAUGAUCCGCGCGCUGAAACUGCGGCAGAAAAUGUGGGAAUCCCUGCUCGAUGCCGAAUUCCGCAAGAUCGAAGAAGCCGCCGCAAACAUCACCACCACCACCGGAGGUGGAGGAGGAGGAGAACUGGAAGGUCUAUCCGCCUACCAAGACUGGCUAGUAGCAAUCGCCAACGACCAAAUCACCUGCAUCGACGACGACACCACCAUCACCUCCUCCCCCACAACCACAGCCACAACCACGACCUCCUACCUCACCCGCUUCAAAUCCGACUUCACCCCGCUCGUCUCCCCCUCCUACCCCCUCACCGCCGCCCCGGACCUCGAAGUCCUCACAAACGGCUACAUAGACCUCGCCUCGCACUGCAUGUCCCUCUUCGCCCGCCUCCUCUUCGCCACCGACUUCCGCGCCGUCAUCCGCACCUUCUUCGUCCCGCCCGCGUGGUACGGCGAGCAAGGCAUGAAGGCCAUCACGACGACGUUUGAGGAUUACCUGGCUGGGGAGGGGAAUGUGACGCAGGUGCUUCAUCCGUCCCUGCGGGAUAUCCUGGUGGAGGAGUUGGGCGACGCGGCGUUGGUCGCUUACCUCAGUUCUGUACGACGGAAUCGGGGGGUACGGUUCAGGAGGGGUGACAAUUUCACCGAAAAGAUCAAAGAGGAUGUCGUGACCGUGUUCAAUUUCUUCGGGAACUACCCGGAUACGUUUGAUUUGGUCAAGGAUAAAUGGCGGGCGGUCAAUCAUUUCGAAAGCUUACUUUCUGCCGAUAAGAACGCGGGUGGUGGGUAUGGCGCGGUGGUGGAGGCGUUUGUGAGAACGAAACAGGCGUAUUGGGAUGUGCAGCUGGCGUGGGUGGAGGCGGUGUUGCGGGCGAGGGAUGAUUUCGAUAGGGGCAUGCUGAGUGCGGUUAAAAGUGCGGCGGCGAGUGUGGAGGUUGAGAGGGGUGGGGGGGAGACUGUGAUGGGGAGGGUGAAAUAG